AUGGAGCAUUUGGCUUUGAUGGAGCAAAUGAUUGGCCCAUUGUCGGCGGGCUUAGCAAGUUCGUUGUCUGUGUCAAAUUUCUGCAAGCAGAGAAUCCCAGUCGCGUGCCUUUGCCGUUGCCAGUGGCUCAAACUUGCAGCUUCCAGCAGCCCAGCAGCAUCCUCUUGUGCUCCAAUGGCGCCGCUGACAGCCCUCGUCCUUGGUGCAAUCUUGUCCCAAGCUCGCGCCUGGGAGUGCCCGACAGGCUUCGCAGGUCCGGAGCAGUGCCUCGGCAAGGAAAACACGGGCAAGUGUGAUCUGCAAAAGCCGACAGCUGUUGACGUCGACACCUCCAGCACUUUGACCUGCCAGAGUCCUGAUACCAAGCUUGUGGAGUUUGAAAACGACUGGGGCCUGGGUUCUGGCAGCUACUACAAGGGCUGUGGCUUACAACAUGCCGGUUUGGAGGACAGCUGUUGCAACUGCUGGCCUUUGGCACAAGCGACUGAAGUGAGUGUGGGCUCCGAAGCUUCCGAAACCAAAAGCCAAUGCUUCCCAUGCCACAACUCCUGUUGCAAGUGGUGGUGGCUGUGCAUCUUCGAACGCUGCCUCUUUGAAGGCGACGACUGCUCUCAUGCACAGUGUUGA